AUGAAAAUUGACCCCGCACGUAGAUACAAUAAUGGCUUACCAUUGUGGGAUCUCAGAGAUGCCUGCGAAUGGGAAAACUUCGAGUCCAUUUUUCACCCUGGCGCUUAUGUCUACACGACGUGGUCUGGCCGAGUUCCUUUCACCGACUUCAUCGCAGCCUCGAAAGCUGGCAUGGAUAAAGGGGCCUUCAUCAUGCACCGAUGCCACGGCUGCACCACCGAUAUCGACCCAGACGGCCGCCGGGCUGUCACAAAGCUGAAAGCGACUAUUACACAACGAUUCGAAUUUGAUGGUGCAGAAUUUGAUGUCGAGGCUGAUUGCCGGUUUUGCUUCUUCUUCGAGAAGGUGGAUGAUCGCUGGGGUGCGCGCUUGGUCAGGCAUUGGUAUGAAAAGGACAAGGUGAUACCGACAAACCCAGCUAAAUUUCCCGAAAUCAACGAGGAGAAGUUGGCAACAUACCCGCCUGGCUACAAGUAUCUUUCCUAUUUUCAAGAGCUCACAAUGGGUGUCAAGGUUUUGCUGGAUAUGCCAGGUCACCGCCGUCAUGUUGGAACAAAGAAUCUAGAGAAGCAUGAUCUUCUGUACUGGCAGGCAAAGGAUUGGCUCGAGGGCAGAGACAUUGAAGUUUAG